GCUGGGGUCGUCGCGUUGGCAGCCGGGGAUCCUCGAAGGCUCCGGGGGCCCUGGGAAGCCUCUCAGAGGCGCGGGCGGAUGGCGCAAGCAUGGGCAGGCUUCUCCGAGGAGGAGCUGUGGAGGUUGCGGCAGAACAAAGGUCCUAGGGAGCCACUGGAGUUUAUUGAAUAAGAGAUGUCAUGGUCAGACCUACAUCUUCCUAAGAUCAGUUUGUGUGGACUGGAUUGGAGAGAUAUUUGGAGAUCCGUUAGAGCCCACUGAUCGGCAAAAGCGUCACCCCCUGAACAAAAGUCGACAACAGCUGCAACGUGAAAAGGCCCUUCAGCAGAGAAGCCAGAAGCUCGGACUUCAGCGUGGUGCUCCGUCAGAACCUCGAGAGCAGUUGCUUUCUGCCCCAAAACAGAAAGCUGACUCUCAGCCGCAUCACCCAUCUCCUGCUCUUGUCAUCACCCCUGGUGAUAAUGAAAAGCAUCAGAGCAUUGGAAAUCAACAGAAAAAAGCAGGACUUGAGAAUUCCUAUAAUAAUGCCGAUGAAAAAGAUGAGGCCGUUACUCCGAAACCAAACUGUGAAUUGGAAAAAAAGAAAGUGAAGGUGCAGGAAAAAUCUCAUUGGGAAGUCCUCCAGGAAGAACAACGACUAAUGGAAGAGAAAAAUAAACGGAAAAAAGCAUUGUUGGCCAAAGCUAUUGCAGAAAGAUCUAAAAGGACGCAGGCAGAAACCAUGAAACUGCAGCGCAUCCAGAAGGAGUUACAGGCUUUAGAUGACAUGGUGUCAGCUGACAUUGGAAUCUUACGAAAUCGAAUUGAUCAGGCAAGCUUGGACUAUUCCUAUGCUCGGAAACGCUUUGACAAGGCAGAAAGCGAGUAUGUGGCUGCCAAGCUGGACCUGCAGCGGAAGACGGAGAUCAAGGAGCACCUCACGGAGCACCUCUGCACCAUCAUCCAGCAGAACGAGCUGCGCAAGGCCCGCAAGCUGGAGGCGCUGAUGCAGCAGCUGGAAGUGGAAGCUGACGAGGAGAGUCUGGAGCUGGAGAUCGAGGUGGAGAAGCUGCUGCAGCAGCAGGAGGAAGAAGGAAGGAGAAAAACGGCCCUUUCUGAGGAGGUGCCGCAGCCGUCUGCCAACGGCGUCACUCUAGUAAUGGCGGCCGAGGGGAGUGGGGAUCCAGAAGCCGUUGUUGGGCCACAGGAUACGAAGGCGGAGACCAGGGCCUGUCCAAAUCCUGGCAGUUCCGAGCAGGAGGGGCCCGCCGAUCAGGCCACCUGAAGGGCCAGCGUCCGUGCUGUCCGGAAGAGAGUCUGUGAUGGGCUGCCGUGCUUUCUGCCAUCGGGUGUGCCCUGGCUCGGUGAAAUUCGUAGCGAAAGCCAUCUUUAUAUUAAUUUUGAGUCCCAUUUGUGAAGUGCCAAAUAACAGUUGCAUUUUUAUUGUAAAGCAUGAGUCCGGGGCGUAUGCUCAGCCCUGAGGUUAGUCAACUUCAGUCUGCUUUAUGCUUCCACUGCUCUUCUGCCCUCAGGACCUGACCACCAGAGGCCAUGCGGUGGAGCGGCUUAGCUGCUGGGCUCGGGUCUUCCAGGGACCAUGUUUGCUCACCUUCAUCUAGGCCGUUUUCUGCAGAUGCUCACCCUCCCUCACCCCACCUCUGAUUUUCACUUCUUUGUCAGAGAAUUAUAAUCAAAACACUCCAUUGGUGUACCUGAGGUAUAUUACUGAGCUGCUCUGUUGUUCCACUGACUGUCCUUGUGAUUUCGCUGAACAGAACGGCUUUCCGAGGCCCCCACUCCCCAAUAUAUGUUGUUUCCCACGUUAAAAUAGAAACUCUGAGCCUUUCACCAGAAUCUUUGGCAAUAUUGUAAGUGCUUUUCAUUCAUUCAUCAUUCACUUCCUUCACCAUCUCAUUUCAGAAGGCCAGUUUGAAGAAAAGCUAUGCUACUAGAAUUUUAACUUUCCUUUUUUUAAAAUCAUUUUUCUGAUGCUCAUUUAAAAAAAAAAAAAAACUAGAAAUAAUUUUCAAUGUAGUACCUUACCUGAACUGUAUUAAAUUUUGCUGGGAAAAUUUGGUAGUUCUUUGACGUAGGGUUUUCAUUUGUUUGGGAGGGAGUGAUAUGUUAGGAAAGCAUCUGUUUCUCUUUUUUACUAUUGUGUAAGAUGGUGAUGGCUUCCGUCUUCUAAAUAGGCUCAUUGUUGAAUGCCUCAUCUGGACUAUAGCAAAUUUGUUCAACACUCCUCAAGAGGUGCAUAUUUGAGCUAUUAUACCGUUGACUUGCAUUCAUUUUAUAAAUCACAAUGGAUAGAUCACAUGAGUCUAGGGCAUUGGGGUGUUGCCCCAUCAAACUGUUUGAAGACUUUUGGGACAAGUGCUGUAUACAAAGCAGUGGGUUUCUGCUGUUAAUGUUAACAUUGCUUCAGUGCUGCUGGUUGUCUAAAUUUAGAAGAAAACUUAGCUGUCUGAAGAGUGAAAAUGUCAUAUAAUAAGGUGUAUCAGGGAAUAAUUCAGUGAGUCAUUGCUGUUUGUGGUCAAAAAAGCUUUGGUAUUUUUUUUUCUCAAUUUGUUUUGUGUGUUGGGAGUAUAUGAACCUACAUAACAAAAUAAAUUUUUAAACACUAUA